AUGUCUGAACCGAUUCCCGAGUCCAUUCCCACAAGCGCCGACCCGCGGACCCACCGCCCGACCAAGAAGCGCGCCCUGUCGCCGAGAUCUGCCCAAGCAAGCCAGCUCGACGCCCUGUUCAAGCAUCCCGACCGCGAGAUCGCCAUUCCGACAGGCCCCCGGAGCAAGAACCUCCCGCCGCCCCCCGAAAUUGUUGCCAACGUCCAAGGUUCCUCGGCCGGCGCUGGCUCCGGCGAGUUCCACGUCUACAAGGCCUCGCGGCGGCGGGAGUACGAGAGGCUGAGGUUGAUGGAUGAAGAGACGAAGCGCGAGCAACAGAACAAGGAGUUCGAUGAGAAGAUGGCCGAGAUGCGCAAAAAGGAUGAAGCCAAGACCAGCAAGAACAAGGCAAGGCGGGACAAGGCGAAGGCGCGGAAGCAGCAGAAGAAGGUCGAGAACGGAGAUGCAGAUGGAGCCUGCAAUGCAACAAACGGCACCGAGAACGGCGAGAAGGAGCUGGGACACGGCCUCAAGCGACGUAAUUCAGAGAGCGAUGAUCCUGUGGAUCCUGCAGCCAACGGCUCCGCCGAAGCCUCCAACCCCGACGAAAUCGGCAUUGUCAUUCAUGACGAGGACUGA